CUUCAAUAAAAAUAAGUAAUUACAACAAUGUACCGUUGACAUGGCAAGAAUUUUUCGAUUACAAAUAAUUAUUAAAUUUAAAAAAUAAAAUAAAAAAAAAUGGGAAUUACUCAAAGUCGUUACGAAGAUUUAUCAAAAAAUGUAUGUUUGGAUCAAUUUUGUGGGACUGAAUCAAUAGGACCGAAUGACACCUUCUGGAAUAGAUUUUUAUCGUUCAAUAUCCGGCCUCCAGUGACCAGAAAUGAUCAAAUUGAACUGGGAGCUAGAUUGGAUUCAACAUGCCAACGAUUGCUUGCUAAUAAUUUAAAUACUGGCAAUUUUGGUUCUCUGAUAACAGUCGCAUUGAUGAGAACAAAUGAGUUGUUAAAUUCAAUACAAACUCAAAACAGUAUUAUGUCAGCUUGGCAAACGUACAAUGCACUAUUUGCAGUAAGAUGUAUUUUGAAAUAUUUAGUCGAAACUGUCGGAGAAGAUGAGAUGAUCAAACAUACAGAAGCUGUGCCUGAUAAUUUAGAUGAUGAUCAAGUUUAUUCAGGAAGACUUGAAUCAUUUGUUGAAGCUCUUAUAGAAAUAAUUAUAGAUGUGCCUUUGUGUGAAUUCACAUACGUCGUACAUCUAGAAGCUAUUAAUUGUUUACUUGUCUUACUCUCAGUGCAAUUAUUUUCACAAACAUCAGCAGAUUACAGUCCAGUUUAUAGAAUAAUAAUGAGUAAUGAACAUACAGUACACGCGCCAAUCGUCAUCUGUACAUUACUUAAUAAUUUUGCACAACAAGAACAUGCACCACCUGGUUUACUAGCACGUGAUUCUGGUGGUAGCAUCGUUUUUAGUAUUGCCGCCGGACUAUGGAACGUCAUAACUCGCGGUAUGGGCAAUAGUUUUAAAAAUAUCCAAGUAUCGAGUAACGGUGUCGUGGAGGAUGAAGAAAAAAAACGUGAUAUUGAAACACCAUUGGCUAGUCAAUCAUUAUUAUUACUUCUAGUAUUAACAAACCACUGUACCACGACAUACAAUCCAUAUCGAGAUGCACUAUUUUCAUUCACAAAUAUACAGUCUGAUCAGUCGACAAUGCCGACGAAAUCCGUUACGUCUUUUCGAUUUAAUUUGGAUAAAUUGUACAAUACUAUUUGUAAAGUAACGAAUACUGACGAAGUUACUCUAUUGUUGUACAUGUUACUGCACCGUAAUCCAUGCGUUAAAGAGCAUAUUAUCAAACGAUCGGAUAUACAAUUACUUGUAACGCCUAUUUUACAAAUAUUAUAUCAUGCACCGGACAAUACAUCUCAUCAUAUUUAUAUGUCAUUGAUUAUUCUUUUGAUACUUAGUGAAGACGAAUCAUUUAAUAAAAGAAUUCAUGACAUUAUGUUAAAAGGAGUUCAUUGGUAUACAGAAAGAUGUAUAAGUGAAAUUUCAUUAGGCGGUCUUUUAAUUCUUGUUGUAAUACGGACGAUACAGUACAAUAUGUUGAAAAUGAGAGAUAAAUAUCUUCAUACAAACUGUCUAGCAGCAUUAGCAAAUAUGUCAGCACAAUUUCACGCACUGCAUCCUUAUGUAAGCCAACGUUUGUUGAGUUUAUUCGAGACUUUGGCAAAAAAGCACAACCGACUGGAGAUUAAAAUCCGUUCGCAGUUUCCGACCCCCUAUCAGCCUCCUGAAAAAACAUCAGCAUCUACCUCCGUGAGUUCUCUGACAAACGGGGACUUGACAAACACCGACGACUUGAUUCAAGAUCUAACAAUACUCGAAGAAGUUCUUCGCAUGGUGCUCGAAAUAAUAAACAGCUGCUUAACUCAUCGUCUUGCCCAUAAUCCAAAUUUAAUUUAUACACUGCUCUACAAAAGAGAUAUUUUCCAACCGUUUCGUACACAUUCCGCCUUUCAAGACAUCAUACAAAACAUCUACUCUGUAAUUAAUUUUUUUUCAUACAAAUUAGAGCAAACAGACCAGUCUCAAAUCGGAGUAAGCCAAGUACUUACGACAAUACAAGACGGGACACUGCACUGGCCGAAAGAUCGGCUGAGAAAAUUUCCCGAGUUGAAGUUUCGUUAUGUCGAAGAAGAACAGCCAGAAGAAUUUUUUAUACCUUAUGUAUGGGGAGUUGUUUGUCAAUGCGCGUUAUUACACUGGAAUGCGGAAAAUAUUAAAUUAUUUACGCCCAAUAACGGUGAGCAAACGACCAUCGUUGUUUGCUGAUAAUAAUUUAUUAUUACUCAUUUAUUUAUUUAUUUAAUACAUUCAUUAAAAACUUUAUCAUUUAUUUAUUAUAAAUUAAUUAAAAUAUUUCAAAUUAUAUUCGAAGUCGAUUUGGAAAAAAAUUUUUUGCUAAAUUUAUUUAUUACCCGGUAAAAAAAUAAUCAGAUAUGGUCAUAUAUGAUACUCUUGUUCGAUCAGAUAUAUUUAAGUUUUCAUAUAUAUUUAAGGAUAUGAUCCUGCUUAAUCAGUUUCAAAUUCAUAUAUGGUCAUAUGUGAUCAUAUAAAAGUAUUUUUUCCCGAGGCUCGUACGUGAUAUACGGCAUGAUUAUCUAGUUAGAUCUUGACAAUAUUGUAUAUGAUCAUAUAAAAUGUAUGUGUAAGAUCAGAUAUGAUUUAUGUGAUCAUUUGUUAAUUUAAAUCUGAUGCAUAAAUAUUUAUGAUCAGACAUAAUCGUGUUUAACAUUCAUGUAUAGCUCGAAGAAAAAAUAUUCAGAUAUGAUCAUAUGUGAUCAUGUGUGAAUUUGAACCUGAUUGGACAAGGUUGUUUAUGCUGAUAUCUAACAAGGUUUUAAAUUCAUUAUCAUAUUUAAAUUAAUAUCUGAUCACUUGAGCAAAAAAAAAAAUAAUUUUUUUUAGGUUUAAAAUUUCAAGUUUUUUUGGAAAUUAAAGAAAAUUCUAAAAAAUUUGCUCGAUAUCGCGUGUAAAAAAGUGUUGAAAGAAGAUUAAAAAAGUGUUGACUAUUCUGAACAUUAGAACGUCACACAAUGAUGAACCUUUUUUGAACGACUUUCAAACUUCUGACAACACACUGAAAAUAAAAAUUGACUUAAUAUUACAAAAUAAUAUUUAUCAGUGCAAAAUACACUCAGAAAAAAUUAAUUUUGCACUAUUUCUGAACGGUUUUCGUUUAAGUAUAUCUUAAUAAUACAAGAAUAUUUGUUGAUUUUUCUUUUGAAUUUUCAAAAGUUUAAAAAAAUUUAAAAAAAAGUUCGUCGUUGUGUCACGUUUUAAAGUUUAGAAUAGUCAACACUAUUUUGACAAUUUUUUUUUACACAUCUCAAAAAUUGAGCUUGCGUUUGAAAGUUCAUUUUCCCAUUUAAAAUAUGGGUAAGAAAUUUUUUUUUAAUUUUUACUUGAUAAAUUUAAUGGAACAAUUUUUUUUUAAUUUUAAUUUUUACUUUUAUAGAAAAUCAAAUUCCCUAGAAAAAUUUAUUGAAUGGCCAUGCUCGUAACUGUAACACAAAAAAACUUACAAGCCUCCAAGUUCUAGAAAAAAAAAAUUUUUUCUGUGUAAUUAUUUUUAAAAUUUUUUUGUUCAUUAAUUGCUAGUAUUUUUUUCUAAUUUGAAUUUGCAAUCUUCUGCAGAAAUUUUUUCUUUUUGCAAAUCAGUAAUUACACAAAAAAAAUUUUUUUUUUUUCUUGAAAUUUGGAGGCUUGUAACUUUUUUUAUAUAACAGUUAUGAGCAUGACUAUUCAAGAUAUUUUUGUAGGGAAUUUGAUUUUCUAUAAAAGUGUCAAAAUCAAAAUUAGAAAAAAAAAUUUUUAUUUAAUUUUUUAAAGAAAAAAUAAAAAAAAAAAAUUCUUAUUCGUAAUUUAAGUGGGAAAAUUAAAUUGUCAAGCGCCAGUGCAAUUUUAGAAAAAUCGAGCUAUUUUUUUAGGAAUUUUUUUAGGCCUCAAAAUAACUUGAUACUGAAACCUAAGAAAAAAAAUUUUUUUUUGACACUAAUGAUUUUUAAACUGAUCAGACUUUAAUUUAUAUAUGAUCACAUAUUAAUUUAUAUCUAAUUAUACCUGGUUAUAUUUUAGUAUAUUUUUCUUGAUUAUUUAAAAAAUUAAAAUAUUUAAAUUAUUUGAAAAAAAAAAUUCACAAUUUUUAUUUCUGUGAUAUAAAUUUUUAAUUAAUCAAUUGACUUUUUUAAUGAGUGUACAAAAAAAAUCCGAUAACGCGUGCGCCUAUUUAAUGAUAAAUAAAUUAUGUAUGAAAAAAAUUUAUAUGAAAAAAUAAUUGGACGUAAGCUAAAUUAAUAAUCUGAUUAAAAAUUAAUUUAUUUAAACUUUAGUUUAUUGGCAUACGAGAGAGUUUGAUUUAAAUAAUUAAUAUUAAUUAAGCUUUAGUUAAUUACUUGAUUGAUUAAUUACUAUAAUUAUCGUUUAAUGUCAUUUACAUGGAUAAGUAGAUCAUGCAUGCGUCUAUCAAGUCUUCAAUAUUUUACGUGUAAAUAUAAUUAAUUAUAAGUGAUUAUUGAUUAUUUUAAGUUAUUAUUUGAUUUACUAAUGUCAAGCUGGAUGCUAUAAAUUUAAAUAUUAAU